CAAAAACAUUCCAAUCAGCGGGGCACCAAUAAGUUGUUAUUGUGCACUGCUUGAAUAAAAAGGUUCGAAUAAAAAGAGCCCCAACGGCUCUACAUACGCAGCAACUCACUUGAAAAAGAAAAAAAGAUCAACAAAAACAAAGAAAAAAAGAAACUCUCUUAUAUCUUUUUCACCACCAGGAUACCCCGCACCUUUUGUCUUUGAGAGCUUCUAUCCAGUCUGUCAACAUGAGCGGAGAUGACCGUCACGCCAAGAAGAAGAAGUUCGCCAUCCUCGGCGUGUCGGCGUUGAUUCUGGUGGCCAUGGUGGUUGCUGUGGCUGUUGGGGUCACCAAAAGCCAGAAAGGCGGAAAGGACGAGAAGAAACCAGCCACAACAUCCAAGGCAAUUGAAGCCGUCUGCCAACCAACAGACUACAAGGAAACUUGCCAAAACAGCCUCUCCUCAAAAGCCAGCAACGUCACUGACCCAAAAGAGCUCAUCAAGAUUGGGUUCCAGAUCGCCAUAGACAAAAUCCAAGAGGUGAUCAACAACUCCCCCACCUUGAAAGAGCUUGCCAAGGAUCCGAGGAGCAACCAGGCCCUUCAGAACUGCAAAGAACUCUUAGAGUUCUCCAUCAAUGAUCUGAAGAAGUCGGUCGAGCAUAUCGGCCCCUUCGAAGUUAGCAAGCUCAAAGCAUAUGUCGACGACCUUAAGGUUUGGCUUAGUGCUUCCAUCAGCUACGAACAGACUUGCUUGGAUGGAUUCGAGGACACCAAGGGUGAGGCUGGGACCAAAAUGCAGGGCUUCUUAAAGCAAUCACAAGAACUCACCAAGAACGGACUUGCCAUGGUCACUGAAAUAGGCAACCUCUUGGUAAAUGGCAACCUUAAAACCCAACGUCGUCUCUUAGCUGAGGCUGAGGCUCCUAUAGACCAAAAGAAGGCAAAUAAGAUCAUCCCCUCAUGGAUUGAUGGACGCAAGCUCGACCUCGCUACCGCCAAUCCCAGCACCCUUAAACCCGACGUUGUAGUCGCUGCGGAUGGAAGUGAAAAUUACAAGACCAUCAACGAGGCUCUCCAGGAUAUGCCCAAGAACGGUGGUGAAAAAACGUUUGUGAUCUACAUCAAAGAGGGAACGUAUGAUGAGAAUGUGUUGGUUGACAAGCAUAUGACCAAUGUCAUGUUCAUCGGUGAUGGCCCUACCAAGACCAAGAUCACGGGUAACAAGAACUAUGCCGAUGGUGUCCAAACAUACAAAACCGCAACUGUCGCUGUGAUCGGAGACUACUUCAUUGCUAAGGACAUAGGAUUCGAGAACACAGCCGGACCUAAAGGACACCAAGCCGUGGCACUGCGUGUUCAAUCUGAUCUGUCCAUCUUCUACAACUGCCAGAUAGACGGUUACCAAAACACACUCUUCACCCAAACACACAGGCAAUUCUACCGAGACUGCACCAUCUCUGGAACCAUCGACUUCAUCUUCGGUGAUGCAGUCGCCGUGUUCCAAAACUGCAAGUUGAUCAUCAAGAAGCCCGACUCAGAUCAGAGCUGCUUUGUCACCUCCCAAGGAAGGAGUGACAAGCGGCAGCCCACUGCCAUCGCCCUCCAAAAUUGCACCAUUAGCGGCGAGAAGGACUAUGUGAACAACAAAGGUGCCUACUUGGGCAGGCCACAACACGCCUACUCUAGGACCAUCGUGAUGCAGUCCGAGAUCGAUGACGUUAUCAGCCCUGAGGGUUGGAUGGAGUGGACUGGUAAGACCAACCACGAAACAUGCUGGUUCGGCGAGUUCUCAAACAGGGGACGUGGUGCGGCCACCAACAAGAGGGUGAAUUGGUACAAGUUGGUCACCCGUGAACAAGCCGCCGAAUUCACCCCCGGCGGAAUUCUUUCUGGUGAUAGGUGGAUCAAGCCCAGCGGUGUGCCGUAUGAGGCUGGAAUGAUGCGUGUCUAAGAAACCUAACUAUCCAUAGCACCUGCUGCAAAUAGACACUAGUAUUCUAACAAAAAAUAUCACCGUAAAAAAAAAAAAAAAGUAAUAUCAUUUGAAAUUCAAAUAAAUUAUAUUAUUAUUGCGUUAUUA